GAUGUCUGUCUCCUCUGCCUCAGUGUACUGUGUAUACAGCAUGCUUUCAAGAGAGGGUGUCCUUGCAGCUCCACAGUACCAACACAUUGAUUGUUUUUGAGGUGGACUGCAGAGACACUAUACGUUUAUUACUUUGUUUUGGUCAUGUAUAGACACUUCUGCCCAUCUGUAUGUGUCUGUGCAUCAGUCUCUCUGCCCUCGUUGCGCCUCUGCUGGUCACGUGGCCAACAAUGGAAACCUAACUUAGAGUGGGAGAAAUGAAAUCGAAACUUAACUCGAGUCUGUUUCCCUUUCCUUAGCACGGACCAUGCGCUGUAUAAUCCUCUCAAUUUCGUGGUGCAAUAGUUAGCAACGUGUUUUUACAGCAUUUAUAAGCGAGGGGCAUCUCUGGUGUUUUCAUUGUGGAAGCUACAGAAUAAAGGACCUGGCUCAUCUCAAGCGGAAGACUCUGCGUUUGAAACCUGUUUUUCCCGUUUCCCAGAGUGCAUCUUUAACAAUCUACAAACGUGUUUACUCUGUGACUCGUGAUUUGUAAGUUGCUAUCUCGGUGAAAGUCCUUUCAUCAUUUGGAGGCUACAGGAGCAGCAACGUUGAAACCUCCCACCUUUUUUUCCUCUCUGCUUCUACUUUGAUUUUGACCUACUGUAGGUGCUCUGCUGCAAUUGGCCUGCCCUGACUCUCCAUCAGGGUCUGCUGUUUGUGCUAGAGGACGUACACUCACACAGGAGCUGCACAUCAAGCUGCACCGGCCCCCUUCGCGCUCAACCCCUGCGCUAUGAGCAGAGGUAGAGGAGGGCCUUACAAAGAACACUUCCACAGGUAUCCACCACCCGACUUCCAUGCCAAGGAGAAUUAUUACAGACCUGGCGCAGCCCCACUCUACCCUAGAGCUGGCCCACAGCAGAGCCCGUAUUCAAGUUACUACAACAGCCCUGCCCGUCCCGUAGCGCCCAUACAACCACCCCCAGCUCCUUCUCUCAACCCUUCUGCUCCGCCCGUACCAAAGCACAAUAACCUGGCCCCUAAACCAGAGGACCUCAACAGCUCACAUCAUCAGAAUCACGGUUCCAAUUUUGCUCCCAAUUCCUUUCAGUACCAACAGGCAGAAUUCCUGAGAGGACAGAGGUCCGAGGCGCCACAGUUCAGAGCUAGUCCACGUGGAGGGGGAGCGGGAGUGGUACCCGACAGGCUGCCCAGUUCCUCAUACCAGCCCCAGUCAGGCUACAGUAGAUAUUCAUCAUACCCCAACAGCAGCCCAAGGGGUAGAGGGGGGUAUAGUCAGGACCAGAGUUUUGUACACCCAGGUGCCAGAAACCAGUUACAAGGUACACACCACAACCAGUACUCCAACAGACCGUGGCGCGGUCCGACAGACUCUGUGUGUGACAGUUUUCAGAGUUUGUCUCUUCAUCGAGACAGGCCCAACAGAGGAAGAGAAAGGUUCGGCAGACCUUCUGCAUCCAGCAGCUCGGCAAAGUCGAGCUUCACUAAAGGUGACAUCACUCUCACCCCUGACAUCCAGGACCAGGUUCACAGGGUUUUGGCUGCUUUGAGGCCAAGUGAGAACAUCUCUGCAAAAUUGUUAGCCAAAAAACUGCAUCUGCCUAAAAAGAUAGUCAACAAGGCCCUCUACUCUUUGGAGCGCUCGCAGAAAGCCUCCAAGCAAGGACUCCUUCCUCCCGAGUGGAGUCUUUACAGAGAAGCUCUCGGAGGCGAGAAAGAUCAACACUCUAUAGUACAGAGUCCACCCUCCCAUCUGUGUGUCAGCUCAGGACACCCUCCAGAUCCUGAAGCCAAGGUUGAGCUAAAAACAGAAACAGCAGAAAACAGGGGACAAGGCGAAGAAGAGGACUCUGACACAGAAUCCAGUUCCUCUUACUGCUCCUCUUCAGAGUCAUUUGGCUCUGAAAAAUCCCAGGUCCCUGGUCAGCACCAGGUGAAACAACAUCCCAUCACUACUAGCUCACCUGAUCCGCAACUUGCGCUUCCCGCAAUGGCAGAACAGAGGGAGCUAGUUCUGAAGUACCUGCUGACUUCAGGGGAGGCUAGUGCUCUUGUCAUAGCCAAAAAUCUGGGUCUUAGGGGUACUAAGCAGGUCAAUCCCACCCUCUACUCGCUGGAGAAGCAAGGUGAAGUCGUUAAGAAUGGUGAAGUUAACCCUCCCACCUGGGAGCUCUCCACCCACCGCAGAGAGAGGAUGGAAAGGAGCAUUAAAGCCGCAAUGAGCCCCCGCGCUGAGCGGGAACCCGGUAGAGAUGAGGAGGGAGGAGGGUCUAUCUUCCAGCCGUCUUCACCAAUACCUACAAUACCAGGUCUCGAGCCACUGCCGCUCCCAGAGGGUUGGAUGCCAGAGCAAAGUCAUAGUGAAGCGUCCCAAUCCGCCCUCAAGCCCCCAUCCCUUACCACAUGUAAAGACGAAGAGACCAAUGAAGGACAAUGGGCCACUGACGACAUCCCAGAAUUCCUCAACGCCAUUCGCAGAGAGACGGACGCUGGGAAACUGGCAGCAGAGCAGGCCAACUCCGUGGGAACUGUAGCUGUGUCGCUGGCUGCUCCACCUCCUCAGAACCUGUGGGCCAAACUACAGGAGGUGAGGCUGAAGAACCCCGUCAGCGGCCUCAUGGAGUACGCCCAGUAUCUGGGCCACAACUGUGAGUUCCUGCUCCUCGACCAGUCAGGACCCUCUCACGACCCAAGAUUCCGUAUGCAGGUGAUGCUCAACGGGAGGCUGUUCCCUGUCGCAGAAGCUUCCAAUAAGAAGGUUGCAAAAAAGGACGCUGCCGCGGUCACCCUGCGCAUUCUCAUCGGAGAGAUGCAGGGAGGGCCGAGCACGGGGGACGAGGGAAAUGCAGUCGGCGUGGACCAAGUGAUGGAUAUACUUCCAGAAACCACUGUAAGUUUGAAUGCGCCAGCUGAAGGCGCGGGGGGUAUUUUUGGGACUAGUACUGUGGAAGCUAUGAGCACAGCAGAGGGACCUCGCCCACCUCUGUCCCGCUCUCUGCCUGGUGGGAAGAAUCCGGUGUCUGUCCUGAUGGAGUACAGCCAGCGCAGCGGGAACCCCAUCGAAUUCAUCAUCACUGGGCAGGCUGGCCCACCACAUGACCCGCGGUUCAUGUACAGGGUGAAGGUUGGAGAGAACUUGUUUGCAGAGUCCUCAGCUCCAAGCAAGAAGGCAGCCCGCCAACUGGCAGCAGAGGAGGCCGUCAAAGAAUUAAUGGCUGAUGGGAGACUGCAGCUCAACAAGCCUCAGUUGCCCCUGGGCUCUUCCAGCGAUAGCGAUGGCAGUGGCACUGGGACUACAUGUCCCUCGUUGCCCCCCCUGACUGCAGAUGAGUUGCGAGCAGCCCACGAGGCAGGGGUUGGGGACCUCAUUAACCACCUGAACAACAACGCAGUGUCAGGUCUUCUGGAGUACGCCAGAGCCCGAGGCUUUGCCGCUGAGAUCCGACUGGUGGGCCAGUCUGGGCCACCACACGAGCCUAAGUUUACCUACCAAGCCAAGCUGGGCGGACGCUGGUUCCCUCCAGUGUGUGCGUCCAACAAGAAGCAGGGGAAACAGGAAGCAGCAGAUGCUGCUCUGCGGGUUCUGAUUGGAGAGGCUGAGAGGGCAGCCCGCACUGGGGAGCUUAUCCCAGCUGAGCUUCCAGUGAGUGGCAGCACUUUGCACGACCAGAUAGCAAUGUUGAGUCACCAGCGUUUCAACGCCCUGACCACACGUAUCCAGCACAGCCUUCUGGGACGCAAGAUCCUGGCCACCAUCGUCAUGAGGAGGGGGGAGGGCCUGGGGACUGUUGUCAGCCUGGGAACUGGAAAUCGCUGUGUUAAAGGGGAGGAGCUGAGCCUAAAAGGGGACACGGUUAAUGACUGCCACGCUGAAAUCAUCUCCAGAAGGGGAUUUGUUCGGUUUCUGUACAUUGAGCUGCUCAAGCACUACGACGGCACAGAAGACAGUAUAUUUGAGGACGCGGAGAAAAACAAACUGCAGAUCAAAUCUGACAUCACCUUUCACCUCUACAUCAGCACGGCGCCUUGUGGGGACGGCGCUCUGUUUGACAAGUCAUGCAGCGAGUCGGGGGAUGAGGUCGAGGGCCAUCAGCCUCUGUUUGAGAAUGCUAAGCAGGGCAAGCUCCGCACCAAAGUGGAGAACGGUGAGGGCACCAUCCCAGUGGAGUCGAGCGCCAUUGUGCCCACCUGGGACGGCAUCCAGCACGGCGAGAGGCUGCGAACCAUGAGUUGCAGCGAUAAGAUCCUGCGCUGGAACGUGUUGGGUCUGCAGGGGGCGCUGCUCACCCAUUUCCUGCAUCCCAUCUACCUGAAGUCCAUCACGCUUGGUUACCUGUACAGUCACGGCCACCUCACACGCGCUGUUUGCUGUCGGCUGGCCAGAGACGGUGACGCAUUCACCCAAAGUCUCCCUUUUCCCUUCAUGCUGAAUCACCCAGAGGUGGGCAGGGUGAGUGUGUACGACUCCACGCGGCACACAGGCAAAACCAAGGAGUCCAGUGUGAACUGGAGCUUUCCAGACCAGCACAGCGUCGAGGUGCUGGACGGGACCAAAGGCAAACUGGAUGGGAACAAAAUGAGCGUGUCCAGAGUGUCCAAGUCCAACCUGUUCUGUCUGUUCCGCUCUCUGUGCCAGCGGUGUGGCCGCACCGACCUGCUCAACCUGCCCUCUUACGCCCAAGCCAAGAUGUCGGCCCAGUCCUUCCAGCUAGCCAAGCAGCAGUUCUUCCGCGCUCUCAGCGGCCACGGCUACGGCGCAUGGAUCGGUAAGCCGCUGGAAGAGAAGAGCUUUGAGUCGGGGGAGGGAAAUGGGAACAAUGGAGCGAAUUUCCCUGUGGGAUACGGCGGCAGUAGGAACGGAGGUGCAAUGGAGUACAAGCAAGAGGAGGCAUAGAAACGGAGCGCGUUAUUAAGUGGGUAAUAUAAAUAUGUGGGCGGGGGGAGAAAAGCACAAGGAAGGGGCAGAUAUGAAGGAAAAAAAAGGGACAAUCAAAACAACGCGUAGCCAGCAUCCAGAAGUGUAUCUUCUUAUGGAACAUGGUUAAAGGCCGCAGAGGAAGAGUGAUGGAAAAGACAGAACGGCAAAGCCUGAUGGAUGAGUGGGGUUCACAGUAGACAGACGGAGCUAUGGAGAGAUCCGCGGGGUGUACACAAUAAUGUAAACACUACAUGAGAAAGGAGUUAGCUCAAAGUUUGUGAAUCACCAUAGUAAGCACUGCUACAAAUCUGGGUUGUACUAGUUUGCAAAACAAUUACUCUGUUUGUUCCUGUAUAACGGUUAUACCUGUGAUUUGGUUUCAACUUGUAAUUUCAGUUUUUCUUUCGUCAUUGUAGUGUUUGGCAUAUACUGCUAUUAUUUUUCCACGGUUCAACUCGAUAUAUAAACGCGUUUCUUGCAAGUUCUUUGACUAUUGCGAUUGCAGUUCGGACCCAGAUGAUUCGAGAGGUCAAGUGGCUGACAAGUGCUGCUAAUUGGCAUUCGACCUAAUACGACCUGCAAUUGUAGCAGUGUUUGAAAUUGUGAUUAGAGUUUAAGUCCUCUGUCAUGUAGUGCUUAUUGUUUGUUCUGCUGCAUGGAAAUACUGCUUUUAGAAACAGCGAGCAGACACGACGGGACGCUCUCAGCAGGAAAUCUCAGAUUUUUGAAAAUUGCACUCACCCUAGAUAGAUGUUCUGAGUAAACUUGGGAAAUGAGUCGUUGCUCAGCACAGUCUCAGCUUUCACUGUACAUAAGAAGAAGAUCAAACCCAAGUCUUGAUCAGUGACUAACCAAACAUUCACUGUCCAGCAUUUGAGGCUGUAGCUCCUGAAGCCAGCUUCAAUCAGGUCCCUUUCUGAGUCAUUUUUAAACUUGCUGUACACCCUCAGCUGUCUGUCCAUCCAUCCACAUGUUGCCACGGUUGCUUUUAGCCUAGCAUAGGUCAGAGCGCCCCUUUUGAUCAGUCCCAUAAUUUCUCUGUGCUUUUGGGCUUUUAUAUAGAAUUACUGAUGUCACGACCUCCAAGAAGUACAAUAUUUCUGUUGUUAUUGCUUGUGUGUUUUUGAGUAUUUCUCCUUUUUUUUUUCUUCACCUCUGGCAAAAAAAGUCCACCAGUAGCUGGCCAUGGGAGGAAGUCCUGGAAAGUCUCAACUGUCCUGCCUGCAGCCUUCCUGCACAUUUUCUACAUCUCGAUACGAAAAGGCUUUUAGGUUCCCUCGCAUGGCCAGUUGGUGAGGACUGCUAUGUGAGGACAGUUUUGUUGUCUAAGGAGAGUGUGUAGUCUGUUCUUGAUUUGAUUAUAUGUAGAUGGAUGGUGCAAUAUAUACAUCGGGUAUAUACAAAUACAUCAACACACAGAUGUUACAGUGGGGUCCAAAAGCCUGAGUCCAGUUCCAGAAACUCAUUUAUCGAAAACUAACAGAAAUGUUAAGUCAAGCGCUUUAUUCUGAAAAUAUUGCACAAUGUUAUUAUUAUUAUUUUUUUAUUAAUAAUGUUGGAAGAAAAAUGUAUUAAUCAGAGUUUUUUUUUGUAGAAUUUGAGAAUCUACAUUAUCGAGCACUCUUUAAGAGCACAUCAGAGAUGUACUGUGAUAUCCUGAUGUUACAGAUGUUUGUGUUUGAGGUCAGGUAACUACAGAAGGAAAGCAAUGAAAGUCAGCACUCCAUGAUACCUCAAAUUGUUUUGUGUAGCUUUGUUGAUUGUGCAGAGUCAUUGUUUUAAUGGAAAAUGAAGGUUUUAAGCUUGUGUAGUUAUCUCUCUUACUGCAGCUCUAAAGUUCAAGUUUUAUUGAAGACGUUACUGUCUUCAGCAGUGAUAUAUUCUAUUGUUUGACUCUUAAAGACAAGACUAAAACCUGAGACAUAAUACAGACAAAACAAUUGUUUUUAGUAUUUCUUGCAUUUCUUUAAAGAUGACAUUAUUUUUAUUUAUGCCGGCUCUUAUCUAUUUGAAUAAGAAGCUUUGAGAGGAGAACAUUUGUGUUUGUUUUUAUUGUUAAAAUGUACAGUUCUUGGUGGUGGACUCUGACUUUUGGACCCCGCUGUAUAAAUGUUUUAGUAUAAAGCUGUCUGUGUGUGUGUGUAUAUGUAUAAGUUUAAUGUAUAUAUUUUGUAAAUCAUCUACAAUUGCUUUUCUAUAUUUUUGUUCCUGAUGUUUUAAUUAAAAUGCUAUGGAAUAUGCUGUUUUUUACCAAUGACGUUUGGAAAGUAUAAAAAAAAUAAUAAUAAAAUGAGUAGCAAUGUUUCAGUGGA